GCUCUCUCAAGUUCAGGUAUCAGAAAAUGUGGCGGCAAAACACUUUCGCAGUAAAGACAAAGAGGUCGAUUCCUUUAAUUAUCAAUUCUGAGGAAGAUUAAAAUGUUGAUUUGCGAGAUAAUUGCGUUUCAACGUGUGGGCGUGAGGACAAAGAGAAUUCCUCUGAACAAACCUUAAGCAUGUCACAAACACACUGUUCAUGAAAUUUUCGGUGAAAAUUCACUGUGCUUGUAUCUGUCCCCGAGAUGGGCGUCAGGUAAAUCUUUGAUCAUGACUUCCAUAGCACUCUGUUUCCAAAGUUCACUAGUUUAUCUGAAUUGGGCCUGCUGACAUUGUGGAACUCGGAAACAGUCUCAAGUUCUGGAUAUUCUAAACAACUUGAGAAACUUCUUAUCCAGGCUGCCAUUUACAGCGAAGUAGAAAACUAAAUAUAUUUUGGUAUUAUAUGAUAAUGUGUCAUUUGGCUUUAGAAGUCCAGAAAGUUGGACGGAAGAAGAUUGACCUCAACUUAUGGGAGGUUCUGAUCCUAAUAACAUCGCGAUCCAAAUUGCUUGCAGCUGCGGAAAAAGUCCUAGGAUACCCUGAUGUAUUGUCAGAAUGCUUUGUCGUUGUAGUUUUUAAACAUUUUGACACUGGUUGAAAUUCAUCAACUCUUUGGCUUGGCUCACCAAUUUUAAACUGUGACUCUGGGAUUAAUGAACAAAAGAUUGAAUUUCAGGAAUGAGAAGCUCCUCUCUCAGACUCCCUCAAUACAACACAAGGCACAAAAGCAUCUAUUAAUCUUUUCAAUUAACUCAUUCAAUGCAGCAUAUGGGAGAGUAAGAUCUUAAAACUCAUAUAAUAUAUUAGUUUUACAACCUCGUACGGUUGGGACUUGAGAGCAUCAAACAAUCAAUUCACUGCGGUAAAAGGGUUUACCAUUUCAAACUUUCAUAAUAUUUUGGAGUAGAAAACUAGCCAUCUGCUACUUCAUUUUAUAACUGUUUACAGUUAUGUAUCAAGUAAAACUUGUAUUAGCUACUACUCCUGUAGAAUUUCCUCUCUAUUUUAUAGGAAGAUCUAUGAUUUCCCGAGAUUAAUUAAGAUCAAAUCUCCAGAUGAAGCCCAGCGAUUUUAUGUUGUUGCACCGGAAAUUGUGCUUUGACUGAUCAUAUCUGAAUUCUAGUUACUGCCCAAUGAAUCUCUAAUCUGUCACUAUGUUUUCACAGUUAGUAAGAUUAUAAAAUUUCUUUUUUUUCAGAAGAUUAUUCUCUCAUAAUUCAUAUGCCUCCUAGCCUGUAAGAUUUACUGUCAUUAAUUAACUAAAUAUAGAAAUAUAAACAUUACAGAUAUUGAAAUAUUAAGCACACCCAUUUCAGAAUGUGAAAACUAUAUAUAACGAUGUAGAGAUUUUCCUCUCUUCUGUAAAUUGUCCCUCUCUAGCUAUAGCGGACAUACAAAUACAUAAUGGAGCUCAAACUAUAUGGAGCCCCCAUGUCUUCCUGUACCGCUCGUGUGAUGACUUGUCUACAUGAAAAAUCAGUGGAUUUCGAGCUUGUCCCUGUUAAUCUUAUGACAGCUGAACACAAGCAACCUUCUUUUCUUGCCAAGAAUCCCUUUGGUCAGAUUCCAGCUCUAGAAGACAAUGAUCUUACUUUAUUUGAGUCAAGAGCAAUCACAUCAUACGUUGCUGAAAAAUUCAAAGAAACGGGCACUGAUCUUUUGAGGCACAAAGACCUGAAAGAAGCUGCAUUGGCAAAAGUAUGGCUGGAAGUUGAAUCUCAGCAAUACCACCCACCAAUCUCUGCAAUUGUGUAUCAGUUCUUUGUGGCACCGAUGCAAGGCAAUUCACCUGAUCAAGCCAUCAUUGAUGCAAAUUUAGCGAAGCUAGGGCAAGUGCUUGACGUGUAUGAGAGUAAGCUCAGUAGCAGCAAGUAUCUUGCGGGAGAUUUCUAUAGCUUGGCUGAUUUGCACCAUCUUACUUACACGUAUUAUUUCAUGAAGACUCCUCAUGCUUCACUCAUAAAUGAUCGUCCCCAUGUGAAGGCCUGGUGGGAGGAUAUUUCUUCCAGACCUGCUUUCAAGAAAGUCGCUGAGGGUAUGAAGCUUGGUGAAAAUUGAAAUUUGUAGGCCGUUCGCCUUCAGUUCUAAUCUGUUUCAACAAUUUUUAACAAUCUGUGGUGGUUUAUUUGUUGUUAUUUACAUUAAUGUAAUGGAAUAAACAAGAAAUUUUGCAUUGCUU